AUGCCCGAAUUAUUCAGUCCAAAUAAUAAAGCUUUUACAAUGAAUGCAUUGCGUAACGAUUUAUGGCUACUUAAACUAUUAUACGUAUUGAUAAAUCAAGAACCACCGAUGAAUAGUAAAGAACAUUUUGUUGAGUUCUUCAGCCUAUAUUAUAAAGAUAAUUCAAAAAAUGAACAAUCACUGAAAGAAUUUUCCGAUUCAUAUGAUUCAUCAAAAGCUGUUUGGUGGUACACAAGAGACACAUUUAUUUAUAAAAUACUUAAUCAAGCAAUGAGAGAACGGAACAUACAAGUGCUAUGUAAAUAUCACUUUUUCAUUCGAGAUUUAUACAAACAGAUUGAAGCUGGACAUCGGUUAUUCAAUGAAAGAAACUCAUCGAUACGUGUCUAUCGUGGACAGAUUAUGAAUACAAGAGAAAUCGAGAGAAUAAAAGAAGCAAAUAAAUAUGAUCUUCGUUUAUCAAACCAUUGUCUAUUGUCAACAUCUCUCGAACGUGAUCCAGCUCGUCUUUUUAUUUUAGGAUUUAAUUCGGGGGACGAUUUACGCGGUGUUCUAUUUGAAAUUGAAUGCAAUGCGAUUGUGAAAAGUCGUCCAUUUGCUGAAAUAAGCCAUGAAAGUCGGUUUCAAGACGAAAAAGAAGUUCUAUUUAUGCCUGGUGUGGCUUUCGCCGUUAAUGCCAUUGAAUUUGAUGAAACAGAUCAACUACAUAUUAUCAAAUUAAGAUUAUGUAAUGAUGAAGAUAUUCAGAAAGGAUUCCAUAAAAAAAAUAUAUUUAACGGUGAUCGUGAUAUUGUUCGAGAAGCGUUGGACGAUAUGGGAACCACUACUAUCGUACGUGAAUGUUCUGAUUUGGAUCAAUUAUACGGUCACAUGAUAAAAUUAUUUCCAACGGAUCAAAUAAUUGAAUUAAGUUACCUCCAAGCUAUGGGUUCAAAACAUUUCAAAAACAAGAAUUUUGAAACAUCAAUCAAUUUCUUUAAAGAAAGUUUGUCUUUACAAGAGAAUUUUUUUCCUUCAGACCAUAGGAAAAUUGCAGAACUAUUGUGUUCCAUUGGUGAAUCGUACUAUAAAUUGAAAAUUUACGAUGAAGCCACUAGUUUCUAUCAUCAAGCAAUAGAAUUGAAUUCAUUAUCGUUAUCGAAAUCUCUUAUGGCUCAUUUAAACAUGGGAUAUUCAUAUUUGAUGAGAGAAAACGGGAAUUAUUCUGAUAAUAUAUCAUUAGCGAAUUAUUAUCUUCAAACAGCAUUACAUAUAAAUUUAGAAAACGAGCUUCUAGGUGAUGAAAUGAUCAUGAAUCUCUAUCAAGCAUUGGGUGAUAUUCAUGAGUAUCAAGAUGAAUUGGAUUUAGCUAUAGGAUAUUACAAUGAAGCUCUUGAAAUAUGUGAAAGAAACGAAUGGACUAAUGAUUCUAAUGAAAUAAAAGCAAAAAUUGAAGUCAUCAAUCAGAAAUCAGUGGAUAUAGCUCAUGUCGAAGACGACAAAUCCAACUUUUAA